CAGUUGCCACUCUAAAAAGCGAAAGUUUGAACAACUGUGGUUAUAGCAUUUCCUAGCGCGUUAGUUGAACCCCGCCUAUUAUGCCGCCUAUUAUGCUCGCCUACCACGUGAUGGUUAAUACGUAUCAGUAUCAUGUCGAGCUGGGAGCAAUUGGUGGAUGAUGUUGGAAAUCGUUACGAUUUGUGUGAAGAGAACAUAGUGAUCGGAAGAGCAAGAGAAUGCAACAUCUCUCUCACUUCCAACAGGCUCGUUUCUGCUCGCCACUGUAGAAUAUUUAGAGACAGUGAAGGAAAAGUUUGGCUAACAGACACCAGCACGAAUGGCACGCUGGUGAAUGACAACAAGAUCACCAACGGACAGAAGGUACAGCUUUUCAGUGGUGAUGUCAUUAGAGUAGUUUUUAAGAGAGGCGAUGAUAGAAAUGUGACUUAUCGAUUUGAAGUUGUACAAGACCAAGAACAGACAUUGGAGAUGACACAGGAAUAUGAUGAAGAGGAAGAUGACACAAGCAUAACAAAAAAAAUACCUAAGCACAAUGUCCCUGAUCCUUCCAAUACUGACUGCUGCACAGAUGACGCUGCAGUUUUGGAUUGUACCGAACCUCUCGCUAAAGUUGCUCGUCUAGAUCAAUUAAUAGGUAAUCGUGUUGAUGCCAAGAACAAGUCUAACCCAACAAAAGAUGACAUGGAGGAAUCUCUCAUAUGUGGGAUAUGCAAGGAAAUACUACACAACUGUGUCAGCCUUCAGCCUUGCAUGCACGCUUUCUGUGCUGGUUGUUAUUCGAUGUGGAUGGAAAGAUCUACAGAUUGUCCACAAUGUAGAGGCAAGGUACAGAGAGUCAGCAAGAAUCACAUUGUCAACAACUUAGUCGAUGCUUAUCUCAAAAUCCAUCCAGAGAAGAAGCAAAGUGAUGAUGACUCGAAGGAGUUGGAUGCACAAAACAAAAUAACUGAAGAAAUGAUGUAUCCAAAAACUAAACGAGGUUGGUCAGAUGACGAAUAUCAUGAUAGUGAUGAGGACAGUGCAGAAGAUUCAGACACGCCUCUUGAUUCUGAUGACAGUUCAACUGCAGUUGCUGCUGUGAUUCCUAUCAGUCAGCCUCCUCCUAUGAAAUGUCGUCAAUGUCCAGGAUAUUCUGAUACAACAGUAACUUCAUCUGUAACUGCUUCAGACUCUAGCUCUUCUUCUAGUGCAGCUGUUAUUGCGAUCACUGCUCCACCAUACACUUGUAAUGUUCCAGCAAUUCACAUUAUCUGCCACUGCUGCAUGCAACCAAUGCCAAACUGUGCUGUUGUUAUGCCAGCAGACAGUGUAGUACCAAAACAAAAAUGUGAUGUCUGCUGUCAAUCCUACUGCCAUCUAUACUGGGGCUGUAAUGCUUUGAACUGCAGAGGUUGUUUGGGCCGUUUCUCUGAAAUUAAUCUAUCGGACACUCAUCUAAAUGGGAUUUUAAAUAAAGGCAACAUAUAUGAGUCAGAUGUACUAAAGGAUUGUCUGAAAGCGAAAGGGCUAACGAUACGCGAUGUAUUAAAAGAUUGUGCAGCCAAACUAGACAAUGGUGAAUACCAGAACAUAGGAGCUACACGAGUUCCACUUCGUUCCGAUACUACAAUCUGCUAUAGAUGCUGUCUGACAAAAUUUCAACAGCUCGUCUAUUUCUAUAGGAAAGAUCUUCCUGUAGAAGAUUUACCAAUCGAAGUGGUCAGUCGACCCGACUGUUACUGGGGCAAGAACUGCCGAACGCAAUACAACAAGCCACACCAUGCCAGACAUUUCAAUCACAUCUGUGAGCAAACUCGAUUCUGAUAAGAUGGCGCUAUGGUUGUUUGAACAUCUGAAGAGAUUUGCGUUAGUAGUUACUGUCAUGCAUAAAAUAGAUCUCAUGGGCAAUGUACAUAUGUUGCACUCAAACUAGUCGGACUGUAUCACAAGAUU